AUGAUUCUAACAUGGCCUGACAGAAAUUUUAUAGCGUACGAGUAUGGGCAUUCAAGUCUGCCGGCGCCAAUCCAGGCUGAAGCGCGAUGGUCACAAGAAAUCUCACGCGGGAGCUCAUUGACCGUCGAGCCUCCCGCCGGGUAUGAACCCUUUUUCUGGAUCGAAGUUCAAAAUCGAAUCCAGAGACUUCCCAAGGCCCUGAACUGGGACCACAUUUGCGCUGACGCAGAGAAUCCCUGUACAUUUGAAGAAGUGGACCUGAGAGUUCUCAAAAGACCUGCACAUGUCAUCUUUCUCGUGCUUAGAUCCCUCUUAGAAACUCUUUCCUGGAUGUUUUUCUUGACUCAAAUCGUGGGUACGGUCUUAACUGACCACAGGGGGUGGAAAGUCUUCUACGGUCUGUGGGCCGCCUUCGCUGGACUUUUUGCGAUGUCGCUCCACAACGUGACGUUUGCGCGAGAUUGUAGACACUACACUUUCCGAACUCCUUAA